AUGUUCUUUGAUGGAGCAGUUAACUCUAGAGGAUCAGGAAUUGGAGCAGUAUUGAUAUCUGAAUCAGGACAACAUUUUCCAGCAACAACGAAGCUUAGAUUUCGAUGCACUAAUAACAUGGUUGAGUACGAAGCUUGUAUUCUUGGCAUCAGAAUGGCUCUUGACAUGAACAUUCAAGAAUUACUGAUAAUUGGUGAUUCAGACUUGUUGAUUCAUCAAGUUCAAGGAGAAUGGGCCGUGAAGAACCCUAAAAUCUUACCUUACGUACAACUGGUACGGAGGUUAUGUAAAAGAUUUAGGAAGACCGAGUUCAGGCACACCUCGAGAAUACAAAACGAGUUUGCUGAUGCUCUUGUAACCAUAUCCUCUAUGAUACAACACCGACAAAAGAGUUACAUUGACCCACUUGAGAUAGGUUUAAAAGAACAACCAGCACAUUGUUUACAUGUGGAAAAGGAAUCCGAUGUAAAUCCAUGGUAUAUCGAUGUGAAAAGGAGGACUCCGAAUACGGGAUUACUACGAUGUGUAGAUGCUGUAGAAGCCACAAAAUUGCUUGAAGAAGUGCACGCUGGAGUGUGUGGGACGCAUAUGAAUGGGUUUACAUUAGCAAAUAAAAUCUUAAGGGCAGGAUUCUUCUGGAUGACUAUGGAAAAUGAUUGUGUUCGAUUUGUCCAAAGAUUUCAUAAAUGUCAGGUACAUGGAGAUCUGAUCAAAGUACCUCCUCACGAGCUUUAUGUAAUGAGUUCUUUUUGGCCAUUUGCAGUAUGGGGCAUGGAUGUUAUUGGACCAAUUGAGCCUGCUGCCUCCAAUGGUCAUAGGUUUUCUUUUGUCGCCAUUGAUUAUUUCACGAAGUGGGUCGAAGUUGCUUCCUAUAAAGCUGUGACGAAGAAAGUUGUGACUGAUUUUGUUCGCAAUAAUUUGAUAUGUCGUUUUGGAGUUCCUGAGUCUCUCAUCACGGACAAUGGUGCAAAUCUUAACAUUCACUUCAUGAAAGAGAUAUGUGAACAAUUCAAAAUUACCCACCAUAAUUCAACUUCAUAUCGUCCUCAAAUGAAUGGAGCUGUGGAAGCUGCCAAUAAGAACAUCAAGAGGAUAUUGAGAAAGAUGAUUGACAACUACAAAUGUUGGCAUGAAAAUUUGCCUUAUGCCUUGCUAGGUUAUCGCACCACAAUUAGAACUUCAACUGGAGCAACUCUGUAUUUGUUAGUAUACGGAACAGAGGAAGUGAUACCGGCUGAAGUUAAGAUACCGUCUUUGAGGAUUAUUCAGGAAGCUGGAUUGAGCGAUGCCGAAUAG